AUACAAAAUGACCAACCGUGUCUACGUAUUUGGUUUCGAAGGGAAAUUACAAGCCAUUCUGGUCGUGGGUGUUUGAGGUGUCGUAGUCCUCUAGUUGCAUAGAGCCUGGCAUAUAUACCAGGUAACUUCAAUCUAAGUGCAGACAUUUGGUUUUCUUAUAGUCGAUGAAUCAACAUGCCAGACCCAGCUAAACCUGCCCCAAAGAAAGGCUCAAAGAAAGCCGUGACAAAAGCAGCCGGCAAGGGAGGCAAGAAACGCAGAAAGUCCAGGAAAGAGAGCUACGCUAUCUACGUAUACAAAGUCUUGAAGCAGGUCCACCCUGACACCGGUAUCUCUUCCAAGGCCAUGGGCAUUAUGAACUCCUUCGUAAACGACAUCUUCGAACGCAUCGCUGGAGAAGCCUCCCGCUUGGCUCACUACAACAAGCGUUCCACUAUCUCUUCCAGGGAGAUCCAGACUGCAGUGCGUCUGCUUCUGCCCGGUGAGCUGGCCAAGCACGCUGUGUCCGAGGGAACCAAGGCCGUCACCAAGUACACCAGCUCCAAGUAA